CUAUGCACAUCGGGGUAUGGCUAUGCACACUUUUUCUGUCUGUGUAUUACAUUUACUUGGGGGCCAAUCACAACACUGCUUGAUGUUUGAGAUGCGCCAUGCAGUCUGAGUAAUCUAUUUUCAACUCUUGCAAACGCAACUAAGGACCGACGACGCAAGGCGACAUAAGUGCAAUUGAUAAUUAUUCAAAACUAAUUCAAGUGGACUGGCCUCUGUGUCGCUUGACAGCUUCUGGAAACUUUGGAGGGACAUUUUUCUAAAUUGGUGGUGACACAAGACCACGGAACGCUUGCACGGGUUUUUGAGUAUUCUUGACCACUGCAGGCCAAUCAAAAUAUACAUGUAAUUUAUUUUACUGCCACCCUCUCUUAAAAAAAACACGUGACAACUGCAAUCACUACCUUCCUGCGAGUCCAGGUUUAGGAAUUGUCACACAUUUGCAAGUAUCGGCUACCUUGUUUCAGUCGAUCCUGGGACAAACGCGGUGUGGCUGGAUGUUGCAGGCGGCGGGUCAGUGAGCGCGAGGACCAAGUACCUCUACGAAGUCCCCAACUCCCGACCUCUCUUACCUGAUGCCGUGCAUGAUGAUUGUCCUUGGAAUACUUAUGAAUGUCCUCAGUCAUGGCAGCGUGCUGUCAGGCUCCAUAGACUGUCAGGAGGCUGAGCGAGGCUGUGUACAGGAUCAGGACUGUACGGCAGUGUACAGGGUGCUGGAGUACUGUGCUGCUGAGGAGGCCGUGUCGCCCCUAGGCCCAGACGCCCGGGGGGAGUGUCUGGAGGCCCAGAGCACCCUGCAGCAGUACCGCCCCCUCCAGGCCUGCAAGUGCCAGCGCGGCUCCCGCCGGGAGGAGCUGUGCCUCAGGGUCUACUGGACCGUCAGAUUCGCUGUGUAUGAUGAGUACGAGGUGUCUCCGUAUGAGGAUCUGGAGGUGGAGUUUGUGAGGCACAUAGAGAUGUCACGCAUGGCCUCCAUCAUGGCAGCCUCCUCUCUUCCUCUGGAUGGGCAGAACCAGUGUCUGAAAGCAGCCCAGGACUGUGGUCUGUAUGAGAAAUGUGGUUCUCUGAGGUCAGAGUAUGUUGUGGCCUGCACCAAGCGGGCUCCGGGCUCCGACGGCAGCUGUAACAGACAGAAGUGCCACCGGGCGCUGCGGCGCUUCCUGGAGCGGGUACCAGAGGAGUACAGCUUCGCCCUGCUAUUCUGUCCCUGCUCUGAUGCCCUCUGUGGGGAGCGCCGGCGGAAGACCAUCGUACCGUCGUGUUCCUAUGAGGAGAGAGACGGCAAACCCAACUGCCUCAGCCUGCAGGGCUACUGUGCCAGGGAUGAGCUGUGUAGAUCUCGUCUGGCUGAUUUCCAGCACAACUGCCAGCCCUCGUCACAUUCUCCCUCUGGCUGCAUGAGAGAGAGUGGAGCCGUCUGCCUUAAGGCCUACGCCGGGCUCAUAGGCACCAUCAUGACCCCCAACUAUGCCAACAAUCUCAGUAUGGACGUGUCCCAGUGGUGCACCUGUGAGGGAAGUGGGAACCAAUGGCAGGACUGUCUGCGCAUCAUGAACAUGUUCCACAGAAACGUCUGUCUGCGUAAUGCUAUCAGUUAUUUGGGUGGCUCUUCCCCUCGCCCUGUGGAGAGCACGACCCUGCCCCCUCGUCACCACGCAUCAGCCACCCCCUCUCCACACAUCUUUCAGGACAAGGACAAGAUCAAUGUCAACGUCAACAUUUUAUCAGAACGCAACAGUGUGAGCGUGGAGGACAGUGAGGAAGAGGAGGUAGAGGAGGAAAGCCAGGAAUUCAAUGUUAUCCCACUGUAUUCUGAGAAGGAGAAGUCUAGUGUGGGCUCUGGGACCCGAGGAGGCCGUAGAGGAGCGGCAAGCCACACAGCACCCAUGCUGCCCCUGCUGCUGCUGCCUGCUGCUAUGCUGGGCUGGUGGUGUCCGGUAUAACGAGCCCCCAUACUACCCCUCUUACGAUCAGCUACAGUAUCACAUUCACUGGGUCACCUCCACCAUGGCACUGAGACUGAUGAGGAGACUUAAGGCUGAGGGAAGAA